CUACUGCUACUGCUAACUUCACGUUUCCUACUGCUGCUAUUGCUACUGCCUACUUCCCAUACAUAUUUCAAGUCCAUAAUACUGGGCAUAAAGUUGAGGUUAACACCUUGGGAAAAUUCUUUAUAGCCAAUGGUGGACUAGGAAAUAUAUAUAAGACUGCUCAUUUUCAUUUCCAUUGGAGAAAAUACAGCAACAGGGGGUCAGAACAUACCAUUGAUAGUAAAAAGGCUCCGCUAGAGAUGCACAUUGUAAGCUGGAACCAGAAAUAUAUGAACGCAGAUGAUGCAGCUAAAUAUACGGACGGUCUUACUGUUCUCUCUAUUUUGUUUAAAUUAUCAACCCGUGAUAAUCCUGUAUUAGAGCCAGUAAUACAAGUUCUACCUGAAGUAAAAGAUCCAGAUAAUGGAGUGUUAAUUACAAUUCCUGCAACCUCAAUCAAGCAUUUCCUGCCAAAGUUUCCGGACCGUUACUUCAGGUACCAUGGUUCUUUGACAACACCAAACUGUAACCAAGCAGUGAUUUGGAGUGUGUUUGAACAACGGCAAUUUAUUUCAGAAAGGCAGUUGAACUAUUUCCGUCAAAUGCUUGCAUCCUCAACUAAUUCAGAAACCAAAGUACAGAAGCAACUUGACCAAGUUACAAAUGGUCGUGAAUUCAGUAGACGGGUUAGAUUAAUCGACAACUUUCGACCUAUCUACGAGCUCCAUGGACGUCAUGUUUAUAGGAGUUUCAAACAUUAUGACGUCAAACAGUCGUUAAGCAAAUAUUAUAAAGCACAGUUUAACUCUAAGUCUUGUUUAAAACCUUUCGAUUUUAAAACUGGUUCUAAGGGUUAUCUUUCACUGAAGCCUCCAUCUUAUCUUCCCAUCCUUUAA